AUGGACAUGAGUAAACCAUCGCAGUUCACCCCGGACUUUGACGAAGACGUCUUUGUCGAUGUGGACAAUGAGAGUACAAAGAGCGCUGACGACACCUCGGAAGGGGAAGUUUCCCUCGCCAAGGAUGAGACCAAAAGGGUCGCAAAGUUUCGUCUCCUCUUGUUCUGUCUGUUGGUGGGAACAGCCGUGGCUGUCUCUUUGGUGGCCUAUAUUCUGACCAAGCGAGGCCAGCAAGAGGACUUUGAGGGCAACUUUUACAGCCACGCUUCCAAGGUCAUUGAAACAUUUGAAACAGAAGCAGCCAACAAGAGGAGUGCUAUCGUCUCCUUAUCCCGACAGAUUACAAGUCAUGCCAAUUUUGCGAAUGAAACUUUUCCGUUUGUGACCUUGCCUGACUUUGAGAUGAGGGCACGCUUGACGCUGGAACUGGCCGAAGUCAUUGCCAUCAUGUUCUUACCUUUGGUAACCAGAGAGAAUCUGAAAGAAUGGGAACGAUACUCCGUCGCAAAUCAGCAGUGGUAUUGGGAAGGCAUGGCGCUUCAGGAGCGCUUUACGGGUCACAACGCGACCACAACUGGGGUGGAACACUUUGACAACCACGGCGACUCCGACGACUCGGAGGGUCUUCACCUUUCUGAGGAUGUUCUGGUUUUCCGAGAAAGCGGUCCUGAUGAAGAUUUGGUUUAUGUAACUGAUGAACCGGGGCCGUUCUUCCCUUGCUGGCAGUUUACGCCUCAGAUUCCGGUGCCAGUUGUGAACGCCGACUUUCGGACUCUCCCAGAGUCCAAGGCCGAGCUGGAUGCAUUCUUGGCAAACGACGCAAGAAGGAACAUGGCUGGACCAACCUUUGAGUUUGAGGUCGGAUCAGGAGGAGCAGUCUUCCUAGAUUUGCUGUUGGAACGUUGGCAAGGUGGUGGCAACCACUAUGAUGGCGGACCGUUGGCGUACUAUUACAUUCCAGUCUACGAUACACUCGACCGGAACGCGUCUCUGGUUGGUGUCUUGGAUGCUUUCAUCUACUGGCAAACGUACUUUGAAAACGUACUUCCCGAACAAGCUCAAGGCGUCGUGGCGGUCCUUGACAAUACAUGCAACCAAUCUUUCACAUUCUCCAUCCAUGGGAGUGAUGCAAAAUUCGUCGGCCCCGGAGAUCUACAUGAUUCCAAGUAUGAUGAAAUGGGGGAGUUCACCGACUACGGUAUUUUCCUUCAGCGAAAUCCUGAAGCACGCCACGGAGACACUGGUGGCUGUUUCUACAGGCUCAGCUUGUACCCAUCCCAAGAGAUGGAGGAUGACUAUAUCACAAACGGACCAUGGAUCAUUGCACUUUCUAUCUUUGGCGUGUUUGCCUUCACUGUGGUGGUAUUUCUUCUGUAUGAUAACUUUGUUGAAAAGCGCCAAAGACUUGUCAUGAAAACAGCCAAGCAGACCAGUGAUGUGGUGAACAAGCUCUUCCCAGAGGCUGUCCGAGAACGCCUGUACGAAGCAGAUGGAAAUGGUACAGAUUCAGCCAACAAACACGGAACCAGACUUGGAAACAGCGCUCUUGCAAGAAGCUCUCUUGUAUCAGCUGAUUCAUCAACUACCGGCUCCCCCCUGGCGAAUGGCUGCAGCCCCAUUGCAGAUGAAUACCUGAACUGCACUGUCUUCUUUGCCGAUCUGGCUGGAUUCACCAAAUGGAGCUCCACCCGUACUCCUUCCGAAGUCUUCCUGCUUCUGGAGACUCUAUAUGGUGCCUUUGACAAGAUUGCAAAACGGCUUUCCAUCUUUAAAGUCGAGACAAUUGGCGACUGCUAUGUUGCAGUGACUGGCUUACCCAGACCUCAAGAAGACCAUGCUGUCAUCAUGACCAAGUUUGCAGCCAACUGCAUUGUCAAGAUGAAUCAAAUCAUCAAUAGUGAAAACCUCCUGUUGACAUUGGGGGAUGACACAUCAACUUUGGAAAUGAGAGUUGGGAUGCACAGUGGGCCCGUGACGGCUGGAGUGUUGAGGGGAGAAAAAGCUCGUUUCCAGCUGUUUGGAGACACUGUCAACACGGCCAGUAGAAUGGAAUCCAAUGGUCAGAAAGGAAGAAUGCAAGUUUCUCAAACCACCGCAGACCUGCUGAUUGCCGCUGGAAAGGAUCGUUGGUUGACAGCCCGAGAAGACAAGGUGGAAGCCAAAGGGAAAGGUGCUAUGCAGACGUACUGGGUUGACAUUGUCUCUGAUCCUUCGGUUCGAAGCAGUGUGCUGUCCAGCAGUGUCGUAGAAUCCCACUUGUCUGGGGACGUUGACUUUUUGGGUGCAACAUUUCCAGUGGUGGAGGAAUCGUUCGAAGAAGACCAACCGUCCACACAGUUUCAGCAGACAGCACCGGUAACGGAGGGAUACGAUGAUGAAUUGGAGAUCUAG